CAAUUAUUCGCGGCGAGCAGCGAGCGGCGAGAGGUCCACAAUACUCCACAAGCGUAGCACAAGUCCACACUCCGCGGAGUCGUGGGAGUCGUGUCGUGCCGUUAACGUUCGGUGGUACGUUACGUGUCAACAUCAGCUGUUGUUUCGCUCUCGCGUGAAAUGACAGUUUCGCGGUGUUUCGCGAUGUGGAAAUUCUCUUCGUGAGGGGAGUGCUUCGUGUGCCAAAGUGGUGUGACCCGCGUAUACGAUUACUUCCUCUCUUUCACCGAGGAAAAAGAUGAACGGGAGCCUGGGAAUAAUGCGCGGACCGGAGCAACAUCCACAGAGAUUCGCGGAUUAUUUCGUCAUAUGCGGCUUGGACAAGGAUUCGGGACUGGAACCGGACAAAUAUUUCGGCGACUCUUUACAAUGUACACCUCUAGAUCGAGCAUACAAAAGCAAAGUGCUGGGUCACUAUCCAGACUCCGUGCCGUGGAACCCUUUCGACGAACACGCUGUAUGCAUGCUCUGCCUGCCGAGCGGCCUGAGAUUCCGAACUCAGAAACACUCCGUGGAGCCGACGUUCCACUCUUUCGUUCUCACCAAAGAGGACGGCCACAGAACUUACGGCUUCAGCUUGGUCUUCUACGAGGAGUGCCGGAAUCGCAAGAUAUGCGCGGCUAUGCAAACCCUGCAGGCGAUGCAUAUCACGGAACUGAGCAGCGGCCAGAACGGUACACCGCCAACGGUAAGAAAAGGCCAGGAUGGACAUAACACGCGAUCGUUGCCACGACAUUUCAAGCUAUCAGCACAUUCACCAGGUGCUGCGUUAGGCUACUACGACUCUACCAAAGACAAGUUGCUAGUGACUAAAUCGAUAUCCUUGCUAUGCCAGCAGCCUUACCUUCAUGCCGCGAGAACGUUCCUCACUAAUCUCUACAAAUGUGUUCCUAGACACCCGGGCCCUGGUCUCAGCCUUGAAUCUUACGUGUACAAUCUCCUGUACAAUGUGCCGGUACCACUGCCCGGCAAAUCGUUGAAGUUCUUCGUUCCGAACGACGAGCCGGCCAAGCCACCCUUGGAGCUGGUCAUCCAUCAGCCGUCGCCGUCGCAGGAGUUACCGAUGCUGGAUUACCCGUUGAAAGACAUGUUUACGUGGCUCGGUGCGGAUUGCGUGAUACAAUUGUUCACAUGCGUGCUGCUGGAGAACCAAGUGUUGCUCAGGAGCUCGGACUUUCACAAGCUGAUGGUUGUCUCCGAGUGCAUAACGGCGCUCCUGUUUCCGUUCUCCUGGCAGCAUGUCUACGUGCCGAUAUUGCCCGCCAGUCUACACCACUUCUUAGACGCACCUGUACCGUUCAUAAUGGGUCUUCAUGCGCAGAGCGAGAGCGGUAUACUCAAGAUCGCAAGUGAAGCGAAUCUUUGUUAUGUAGAUAUAGAUAAGCAAAGUAGCCAAUUUCCAGAAGAGUUGCCCGUGUUUCCUCACAAAAUGCAAUUUAUUGCCGAGAUCAGAGCUCUUCUAAACAAGUACAAAGUACCACUUACGGGAAAGACUGAUAGCAUGGUCAUAAAUCAUUACAACGGUGACAUCAUGACCAGCAGUUUGACGCUUCCUGGUUCUGGAUUCCAUCUUCCCCGGAGAAAACAUUCGUUGCACGAUGUUUUAGACUGGGACCGACCUGAACCACCGGCACAACCGGACACUUUGCAGAGAAUCAUAGACAUUGCCAAAAAGACGGGUGUAAAUGUGGAAGACAUCGAUUCGGUGGAGGACAACCUGAACGAACGUGAACUUUCGCCUCAGGAGGAUUACCAGGAGACGCUUACAUUUAAUAAUGCCAUUCGGGAGAUUUUUUUGAACCGUUUUGUACAGAUAUUUUCUAGCUACGAGCACUUUGUUAUUCAACCAUCAGUCUGUCAGGAAAAAGAUGAAUGGCUGAACAACAGAGACAGCAUGCACGUUUUCGACAAGGCUACUUUCUUAUCCGAUCAACCUACGCAACAUUUGCCGUUUUUAUCGAGAUUCCUGGAGACACAAAUGUUUGCCUCUCUCGUCGACAGCAAAGUAAUGUCUACGUGGAACGAGUUAGAUUUUAACAUACGCGUUUUUGACCAAAGAAUUUCCCACUUGAGAAAAAAGAUCGGAGAAGGUAUCGUGCGAUCGACUCGAUACGAGUCUUGUACGAAUAUAGAAGAGUCGCAGAAAAUAUUGGUGCAUAGAUUGACGAACGUCGAUUUCGAGACGAAUCCGCCUAACGAGAUUCUUCCACACAGGGCAGCGUAUUUUCGAAGCUUCCCUUUAUUGGACAGCGUUCCAUUAAAUAAGGAGCCGACCCAAAGCAUUCUUCGUAGUCGAAGGGGUCAAACUCAGUGGAAGUACAAAAUGAAGUCCAUGGAGGCGAACGGAAAACCUCCGACGCCUCAAGAAACACAAUCGCCUCGACCUCAAACCAAGCUCUCCGCGGACAUGAGUCCGGCGUUGAUAGCGCAAGCAAACUGGACGUUCGUCGAAAAAUUGCUCAAGGAUUGUAAAUCGAAAACGAAGAGGAUGCUCGUUUCGAAAAUGGGUUCCGAAGCGGUCGCGUUAGGCCACGGUGGUGAAUCUUUAUCAGACGUCGAGGAGAACACGCUAGUCGCCAGUCUAUGUGAUCUGUUAGAACGAGUUUGGAGUCACGGAUUGCAAAAUAAACAAGGGAAAAGUGCUCUGUGGUCGCACCUUACCAUGUAUCAGGAGGAGGAAUGUAGCGACCGAAAUAAACCUAAUUUUCUUUCUCCUGCCGUGAAAUCACCGAGUAAGUUAUUUGGAUUACGGGACCGUUUAAUUUCAUCCAUAAAGAACAGACAUAUUUUCGAAAUCGCUUCUUAUAUCAAGGAGAAUAUUUAUGAUCUACCAAACCUGGCAUUGGACAUUGAUUCACCAACACGAGGCACGGAGAGGCACAAGUCUCCUGGGGACAGGAAAAUGGGUUCUGAACACUUGAGACCAUUGCCCGACUCCUUACUCUUCGACAUUCGAAAUAUCCAGGCGAUGACUGACAUCAAAACGCACAUUGGAUACGCCAGAGCUUGGGUACGACUAGCACUCGAGAAGAAAUUGCUUUCCCGACAUUUAAAGAUCCUUCUGUCGGAUACGAGACUGUUAAAAAGCCAAUAUAAGAGAUUCGCGUUUUUACGCUGCGAGGAAGAGAAGGAACAGUUCCUGUACUAUCUCUUAACGUUGAACGCCGUCGAUUACUUCUGUUUCACCAACAAUUACCCAACCACGAAAUUGCCAUAUAGAGUCGUUAUAUUUCCUAGUCGAAAGGCCAGCGCGGCUACCACUUCGGCAAACAGUUGGAUCGCUAUUUCUGGCACGCUGUGCGAAACGAAUCCUGUGCCGAUUCCCAAAGGAGCAUUGGAAUUUGUAUUUCAUCAUAAAAAUUUGGGUGUGCUCUCCACGUUGCGCAUAGGUCACGAUAAUACUGGUCUCUCGCCCAAGUGGAUGGUGGAACACGUGGUAGUGAGGAACGAAGUCACGGGCCACACGUUCAAGUUUCCCUGUGGUAGGUGGCUCGGUAGAGGUAUCGACGACGGUUCAACUGAAAGAUUGUUGGUAGGGGCGUUGGUCCCUCCUACCAUCGACAACGAAGAGUUGGUCGAGACGUGCUCGACACCACCGAGAUGCAGAUCUCCUAGUAUACCCAGGCGCCCAAUAUUGUCUCAAGUCGAGUUACAACAUAUGCUAGGGGAAUCCGUAAACGCGAUUGUUAAGUUUCACUACAGAAGAGAAUGUCAAGACGGAUCUUUGACAGCUUUACUUUGUGGAGAGGGUGGUCUCGUGCCAUCGUUAGAGCAAAUAUUUUUAUUCGGUUUCAAAAACCAAAGGAUAUUCGGAAGAAAUUUUUAUGUAUGGGAUUACCUCUUACGCGUGAAGGAAAAUUUCGAGAUUUCCUUAUUAGAGGAAAUGGACGAGUAUUCACAGAGAUUGAAUAGGGACAGACGAGUUCGUGCGAACAAUCAAAGAUUCGCGAUUUUGAGAUGCUACUGUCAUCUCAUCGAUCAAAUUAACAUGUUCAGUCAGACUCUUGGCAAAGAUGGGAAGUUCCAGUUGUUCAUUUGCCUGGCAGCAAGAGAGCAACUUCUUCAUGCCAUGCUUCGGCCAAUGAGUGAAGCGCGAUCCACUGCGGACAUGUACGAAGAGAAUUCCUUCUUGAGGAAUACCACAUUAUUAAAUUUCGUAAUUCACAUUCUCGAGCCACUGAACGAGUUUCACAUUGUUCUCGAAAAGAGUUUGACCCACGGAAUUUCCAGUAUAUGUUAAUUCAUCGUGAACAUUCCACGUAUUCCACAAUAAGAAUACGUUUACUUGAAGCAGCACAAUUUACCAAAUUCUAAAUAAUAAAAUAUGAAGAGACACGUUACAAUAUAAAAAACAAAAAAGAGGGACUUUGUAAAGAAUCAUAUUAUUAAGAAUCUAUAAGAGGAAUUUAAUAUAUAAUAUAAACAAAGACUGUUACACAGAUGUAAAAUAGUCAGUUUUAGAUGACAAAUUAUUCGACAGAAAGUGAUAAAUGAAAGCAUAGAUCUGGUUCUGUUCAAAAAUUUUAAGGAGAUUAUUAACGAUGACAAGAAGAGUUCCGUGCAAGGACAAAUGACACUGAUCUUGCCCAUCUUGCCGUAGGUGAUAUUGCUACGUGAGUAAAACUGACGUAUCGUGUACCAAAGAUGUGAUCCUAUUAGUUAUUACUAAUUAGUAUUAUUAAUAUUGUCAUUAUAAAUUAAGGAUUUAGUUUUUUUACGGUCUUUAUCAUAAGCAGGAGAACAAUUAAACGUGCAAGCGACGUAUAAAUAUGUGUUGAUAAGUUAGGCGAAAUAAAUGUUUCAUUAUUUAUUAUUUAGAAAUAAUUAAUAGACUUCGUCGAUGAAAGAUCAGGAUAGCAAACAAUUUACGUUCUGCUAAAUUUUGGCAAUUGUCACGGAUUAUAUUUUUUUUACUUAUUCGUUUAUACACAUUUUUAACAAACGCUUGCACUCAUUUUUAACUCACUUUCUUUUUAUUUCAAUAGAUAUGCUAUACCAAUUAGUUCUUAAUAAUUAAUUUGUCAGUUUUGUAUGCUACAAGUGACCGAAGUUUCGAUGGUUUUCUCUCUAUAUAAUUUUUAGCAUUAACAAUUUACAUGUUAUUAAUUUCUUAUGAAACCUUAAUCGAAAUUGGAAGGACGUAACGUAUCGUGAAACACAGUUAUAUUCGAGGAUAAAAUGGACCAAAAAUUGUUUACCGCAGGUAUGGCAAUGGAUUUUUAGUGUUCGAAUUAAAGUUAAUCCUGUUUUUGAAGUUUUGAUGUAUUUGAUAAAUCGGAAUAGAUCGAUAGCCCCGAUGUUUCGAAGAAAUAGUUUUCAAAGUACAAUUUUUAGCGUUACGAUCGUUCAAUAAUAUAUCUGAUAGAUAAGAAUCGUUUUAUUAAUAAUCAGCAUGCGAUUGUGCUCAUACUAUGUAAAGUACGUGUGAAUAAUAUUGAACUGGAGUAUGAUUUUUAUUUUUAACAUACGUAUAUGUAAUCGAUGAUAAUUGACUUUUCUACACUUUAGAAAGAUAUAUAAACGGUAUGACGUUAAGUAUAAAUUAUUUUUUUAUUCUGUACAGUUUGAUUUUAAUCAUGCACUUUUAAGAAGGCGAACAAUUUUUUAGUUAAGAAUUAUGAAAAACGCAAAUUAUUCACACGUGCUUAUUUUUUGCGUUCAUGACAUUACGUCUUAUCGCGAGUAUCUCGCACCUGUGGCCAAAGUAAAAUGUUUAGGAUAUCGUCUUUCAAUAUUGAUCCACGGAUAUAAAAUUUGUGAACAAUUUUUAUUAACACAACGCUUCUCAAAGCACUUCUUAAUUUAUUCAAUGUACUUACAUAAUUACGUUUCAGUCUCUUUAACGUGAUUGCUCGUGCGUGAUUACAAUUCUGCCAAAUACAUAUUUACAUUUACCAUUUAAAAAUUCGAUAGACGUAGAUAUUUCACCACUCUAUCACCACAUGUUUUUACCCGACUACUUUAAAAUGGAACGCAAUGUGUUAAUACGAAAAAAGGAGGAGAAUAUAAUUUGUUGAUUACGCUUCAUUAAAUAAUUGUUCUGCGAACGAGCUAGCAUUCAUUUGUUAAUUAAUUAUGUUGCUGUAUUGUUGUUAAAUAACAUAAUAAUGGUAAUACUCGAAUAAUGAUCUGAUCCAGAACAAACGAGGAUGAAGUUCUUUUACUUCAUGUAAAUUUUAAAUGAAUUAUACUAAGUCUGUACGAUUCCGUUAUCUGUCGAAUCAGUUUCAAUGUGAAACGAGAUGACAGUGAGGGAAUCUUCCAGGACGAAACUCGGAUUUCUUUAUUUCAGAUUUUCUAUAGUUGCGAAUAGUGUAUUUGUGAUUGUUUUAUUGUUAGACUGAAGAAUAAUGCGUUGCAUUUUAUUUAUUGCAAAUUAUUUUGUAUGCUUUAAAGUGUCUCUUUUCUCAUAUUGAAAUCACGUGUAAUGUUUUAAUCUUCCUCAGACAGAACAGAAGAUCAAUAAAACUUGAUUCAUUAACUUCAAUUUAAUUCUGAAAUUGACAAUUUUACUUUUUAUAGAAUACUGACAUUAAAUAAGGAUAGUAGUCAAAGGCAUUCAAUGUGGCAUCAAAUUAUUCACUAACUUGUACUUCUAUACUGCUUUGCCUGAGGAAGAUUGAAAAGAAUAUUCAAAGAUUUCACCAAAGGUUCAAGUACGCGUUACUUACGACUAGUACAAACUUGUAGGCAGUGAAUAUAAGUUUUGUAAUAAAUCAUAUGGCAAACGUUUUAACGUGACGCCGACGCGUGCACCUGGUCACAAUACUCAACAUUCGUGUUAUAUCGAAUUCACAUGCGUGUCCACCUUAUCACGAUCCAUGACUCGAUCGUUCCUCAUUGCGAAAAGAAAAAAGAUUAAGCAGGUUCUUUACCAAGUUUGUACAUAAACGAGAAACUCCAUAGCUUGGUGUAACGUAUAGGAUCUUUUACAAGACGAUCGUCGUAUAAUUGUAUAUAUACGAACUGUAAAACAGAAUAUUAUAAUAUUGUACAGUAGAAUAAAGAGUUAUCAAAAUUAA